GCCAUUGCCUCCAUUUUCUAUCAAUUGCCGGCAAAUGCUGUGUCCUCAAAAGCUCUGGUCGCGCCAAUCACAAAGGACGGUAAAACCCUGCGCUACACCGAAGAAAUCCUGCAGAAAACUCCUUUGCAGAAGUAGCAUUUAAUGCUCCAUCUCACAACCGAUUACUCCAUCCUUCGCUGCUCAGCAAAAGUCUACAAAUCCUCCACAUAUUCUCAAGUCCCCUGUAAGGACCGCCUCUGCAAGUCAUACGAAUAUUCCGGCUGCAGCAUCUGUUAUUCUCCGACGGCCCCCGGCUGCCACAACGGCACGUGCGUAGUUCCGGGCGUGCCCAGCUAUGAGCUGGCACGUGACGUGGUGGCGAUGCGGUCCACCUCGGGUUCGAACCCCGGUGGUUACGUUAAAGCAUCCCGCGUGGUCUUCUCCUGCGCUGAUGAAACCGACACCUUCCGGGACUACCCCAGCAAGGCAACGGGGCUCGCCGGUAUGACGGCAUCCAAGCUGGCAAUGCCAUCUCAGCUUGCGGCAUCGCUUGGCAUUUCGCGGGAGUUCGCCAUUUGCCUGCCUUCGACUCCCAGGUCACCCGGCGCGCUUUUCUUCUGCAGCAAGCCGUAUGUGUUUUUGCCGCCACCUGGCAGGGAUCUGUCCACGAGGCUCAUCACGACUCCCCUGCUGAAGAACAGCUUCUACACGGACGACUACUACAUAGGCCUACGUGGCAUCCAAGUCAACGGUCUUGACCUGACUUUCAAUAAGUCGAGCCUCCAGAUCGGGGCGCACGGACGUGGCGGCGUCAAGCUGGACACGCUGGUCCCUUACACGCAGCUCUCCACCGCGAUAUACAACUCUCUCGUCAAGGUCUUCACUGACGUGGCAAGUAAAAUGAAAGUCACCCGAACUGCUGCCAACGUGGCGCCGUUUAACACGUGUUUCAACACUGCUGGCGUGGCGCCCACCCGCGUGGGCCCUGCUGUGCCAACUAUUGACUUCGUCCUGCAGAACAAUGUCACGUGGAGGAUCUUCGGUGCCAACUCGAUGGUCCAGGUCAGCAAUAAGGUGAUGUGUUUGGGGUUUGUUGAUGGAGGGGAAGAUCCUGUCACAACCAUUGUCAUCGGGACACGUCAGAUGGAGGAUAAUUUUCUUCACUUCAAUCUUGCCACGUCAUCUCUGGGCUUUACCUCCUCCCUGCUCUUUCAGCAGACCACCUGCUCUAACUUUAACUUCACUUCUUCUAAAUAAUGGAUGUAAUCCACAGAGAAAUAAAGAUCAAGUUAAUAAAAUAAGCUGACUGUGUUUUUUUUUUU